CAACCCGGAAGCUUUUUCGAGCCAGACCCGGAACAAACGUUUGGUUCACGUUGGAGGGAGAUUUGAGAAACGCAUGGAGGACGUUGUUUUCCUUUCGACGGUUUUUCGUAAUUAUUAAACUUUUCCUAGUUCAACUGUUCUUUAUGGUCAUGGAAUCCGAAAGCGACAUAAAAACGACGCCGAGAGGUUUCCGCUGUGUUUUGUGCGAGGUCAAUUUACCAAACCAGUCGAGCGUGGAUCAGCAUGUCAAAGGGCGAAAGCACCAAACGUUAAGCAACGUGCGAAGAACCAGGAAGACCCAGGAGCAGCACAGCGUGUUUGUCAGCGGCAUCAACUCGGACACUUCACAGGCUGACCUAGCUGACUACUUCCAGCAAUUUGGGACCGUUUCCGACGUGAUCAUGGACAAAGACAAGGUCAGGCGACCGUCUUUAAUACACUGGCGUGUUUGCCAUUGUGCAGUUCAGCCAGCCGGAGAGCAUUGAGGCCGCCUUGUCCCUUGUCAAGCACAAAAUGAAAGGACUCAAUCUGCGUGUCAAACCCCGGGAGAAGAAGGAAUUCAAGUACAUCCCGAAACAGAAGUGUUGCCUGCAGAACCUGCAGCAAGUUCUGGACCACCUCAAACCACAACUCUGUCAGCUGCCUUGUGUUAAUGCUCAGAUUCAGUACAUUGAGAAGCGGUUCCAGCUUGGAGAUAAUGAGAAGAAGGCUCGAAACUUGCUGGUGCAACUCUUGCAGGAGGUCUUCGUAGAGUUUUUUCCAGAUAGUCAAAUUCUGCCGUUUGGGUCCUCCGUCAACACCUUUGGUAUUCAUUCCUGUGACUUGGACUUGGUUCUGGAUUUGGAGAACACCAAAGUCUUUCAGGCUCGUGCCAGGACUACAUCAGAGCCUCAGUCAGCCGAGUGCAUGUCAGACGACGGCCGCUCGGAGGACUCCAUCCUGUCCGACAUCGACCUGUCCACAGCCUCUCCGGCUGAGAUUCUGGACCUGGUGGCGACCAUCCUGAGGCGCUGCGUCCCCAGCGUGCACAGAGUCCACGUGGUCAGCAGUGCCCGCCUGCCGGUGGUGAAAUUUCAUCACCGUGAGCUCAACUUACAGGGUGACAUCACGGUCAACAACAGACUGGCCGUGAGGAACACCCGCUUCCUUCAGCUGUGUUCAGGGGUGGAAGAGAGAUUGAGGCCUUUGGUGUACACGAUACGCUGCUGGGCCAAACAGAACCAACUGGCAGGUAACCCCAGCGGUGCCGGCCCCCUGCUCAACAACUAUGCUCUGACGCUGCUCGUCAUCUUCUUCUUGCAAAAUUGUGAGCCUCCCGUUCUCCCCACCGUGGACCGCCUCAAAGACAUGGCGUGUGAGGAAGAGGAGUGUGUGAUUGAGGGAUGGGACUGCACCUUCCCCAGUCAACCCAUCGCCGUGCCCCCCAGUGGAAACACCCAAGAUCUGUGCACCCUUUUGGCUGGUUUCUUCUCCUUCUAUGCCAAGUUUGAUUUUGCAAGUAGUGUCAUAUCUCUGAGGGAGGGGCGUGCAAUCCCAAUUACAGACUUUCUUUGUCGCAAAGACGAUAAGGAGGAAAACCCCACCAGGCCCUAUCAGAGUGGACCUCGACUGGGCCCCCUCAAUGUUUUGGACCCCUUCGAGCUAUCCCACAACGUUGCAGGAAACUUGAAUGAGCGCUCCCAAAAAUGCUUCCAGAAAGCGUGUCAGGAUGCCGAGAAGUACUGCCGCAGCCUCCAGUACCUGCGCAAGUCCACCAAGGGGAAGUCCUGGGGGCUCGUGCGUUUGUUCACCCCCAGCGGCGGAGUCUCACAAACCAAAGCGGACGAGCUGAACAUCAGCAUUCCUUUCAAACCAUCCGCGCUCUCCGAAGCCCUCCGCGUUCAGCUACAGACGGCAGGAGAGGAUUUUCGAUCGGUGUGGUUUGAGAAGGUGUGCGGUUACGUGGAGCGAGUCUUCCAAAGCGUUCUCAGAUGUGACCUCGUGUUCUCCUCGGGUUUUGGCUUUCCGGAGAAUUCGUCCGCCGAAGUGUCUGCCGAAAUGGAAACCAGCCCGAGCCCGCUCAACACGUCGGCAAACGACGGCAUGGAUUCACCCACCAACAGCGCCGUGGCGGGCGCCAAGCGGCGACUCUCCGAUGACAGCGACAUGUCCGUUUCCCCUCAAGGAAAAAAGCAGAGGAUGUCCAAAAGGGGCACGCGAGAACCCCCCCACUGGCUGUGGGUGCAGAAACACCCAGUGUGGGCCGGCAGACGGAAAGUGAGGCGGGAGCUCAUCAAAGACGCCGACCUACGGCCCGAGGGCAGCUGCGUGGAAAUCGAGGCCCAAGUCACAGAUGGCAUCAUCGAGAAAGAAGAGGAGCUCGAGGAGCCGCUGGAUUUCAAGGUUCAGGCCCACAUGGUGGGCGAGACGGAGAGCAGCAAGGUCGAGUUGAAGUUGGAGCCGUGCAGCGACCGGGCUGGAGUUUUUCAGGACUUUGUUCAUUUCCUGGAUCCUUUCCUACGCAAGAUGGUGGAGUCGCUGCUGGCGAAAGAAGCAGGUGGUGCAGAAAAUGGGCCGUCGCGAUAAAGUUUUUGUUUUGAGUCACAAUAUGUUUGACUGUAGGAUGAACAUUCGGGAGAGCAUUGUGUGUAUUGACCAGUCAUCUCUCCCACAUAUUGUAGACUGUUUCCUCGAAAAUAUACGGAAUCUCUGACUCACCCUUUUUU